GUUAUACUUACUUGUCGAUUGUGUGUUUUUCAUCUCCAUACCAAACUUUGUGUUUAUUUUGAAAAAACAUUUCAUUUAACCGGAAGCACUCGAAAACAGUUCUUCUUGCAAGCUAAACUCAAGAGCCAUACACGACCCAUCAAGUGUUGUUUUCAUUCGAAUAAAAUGUCCUGACUAUCUUCGCCUGUUAAAAAGGAUACUGAUGUAAUUUCGCAAGGAUGGCCAAUGAAACCCGGGCUGACUGGUCGAAUACGUUAAAACGGAGGUUAGCAAACUCAGCCAGAGAUGAGAGGAGUGAAGAGGAAAAGAAAGCCGAAGAAUUUGAGUUAUUUUCCAAAUAUUACUCUGAAUGGAAGGGUGGUGGUCACAAAAAUAACUCCUACAAGAGUAUUCCUCGAUUCUACUUCAAGCUACCAGCAGAGGAUGAAAUUUUACUCCAGAAGCUGAGAGAAGAAUCCAGAGCUGUCUUUCUGCAGAGGAAGAGCAGAGAGCUGUUGGAUAAUGAGGAACUCCAGAAUCUGUGGUUUCUACUCGACAAGCACCAGGUGCCACCAGUGAAUAGUGAAGAGGCCAUGAUCAGCUAUGAAGCCUUCCUGCAGGUGGGCGACAUGGCGGGGCCCAAGUGCAAAAAGUUUUUUACAGCCAGAGUGUAUGCCAAGCUGCUCCAUAGCGACCCUUACGGCAGGAUCUCUAUCAUGCAGUUCUUCAAUUACGUCAUGAGGAAAGUGUGGCUGCAUCAGACCCGGAUAGGCCUGAGUCUGUAUGAUGUGGCGGGACAAGGUUACCUCAGAGAGUCUGAUUUGGAGAACUACAUCUUGGAGUUAAUCCCCACGCUGCCUCAGCUGGAUGGACUAGAGAAGUCCUUUUACUCUUUCUACGUCUGCACUGCCGUUCGCAAGUUUUUUUUCUUCCUUGACCCACUCAGGACUGGAAAGAUUAAAAUCCAAGACAUUUUGGCCUGCAGUUUUCUCGAUGAUUUAUUAGAGUUAAGAGAUGAGGAGUUGUCGAAAGAGAGUCAGGAGUCCAACUGGUUUUCAGCACCUUCAGCUCUCCGAGUAUAUGGUCAGUACCUCAAUCUUGAUAAGGACCACAAUGGCAUGUUGAGCAAGGAGGAGCUGUCUCGCUAUGGCACAGCCACUCUUACGUCAGUCUUCCUGGACAGAGUGUUUCAAGAGUGCCUCACUUACGACGGUGAAAUGGAUUAUAAAACAUAUUUAGACUUUGUGUUGGCCUUGGAAAACAAGAAGGAGCCCGCAGCGUUACAGUACAUAUUUAAACUUUUGGACAUGGACAAUAAAGGAUACCUCAAUGCCUUCUACCUCAACUACUUCUUCAGGGCCAUUCAAGACCAGAUGAAAGUCCACUGUCAAGCCCCUGUCUCCUUCCAGGAUGUCAAGGAUGAGAUCUUUGACAUGGCUAAGCCUAAAGACCCUGAAAAGAUCACACUCCAAGACUUGGUGAACAGUUGCCAGGGUGACACAGUCACCAGCAUCCUGAUUGACCUCAAUGGCUUCUGGACUUACGAGAACAGAGAGGUGCCAGUCGCCAAUGACAGCGACAGCAGCAAUGCAGCCAACAUAGAUGACUCCUAAGGAAAAUGACUAAGGAGUUAAGGUUUUCACUCCUUAAUCAACAGCACUGAGCAAGAUUUGUGGUCCUAUUGAUCUCUAUUCCUUCUUUUAUUCUGUACAGAAUUAUACAUUCAUUCAUUCAUUUUCUACCGCUUUUCCUCACAAGGGUUGUGAGGGUGCUGGAAUUAUAGAAUUAUACAUAUAUUACUUAAUACUGUAGAUACGUUAACAUCAUUCCCAUGUGCCUAACUUGAACCAAAUAAAAAGCACCAUCAUCAACACCUUCAAGCUAGAUUGAAGUGAAUAUUUUAUUUGGAUUGAUUAUAAUCACUAUAGAAUAGCGGUGAUGGUGAGAACAGGGCAGCAAGAAGCCAACCAUGGCUGUGAACUAUGGCAUUGCUAUUAUGAAUGAUAAUACAGUAAUAUGGACGUGAAAGGCAUUCUUGCAAGCACACAUUAAGUCAUUAGGCACACCUUGCUAGCCAACCUACCUUGGUUGUUCACAGUGUUGGUUAGUGACAUGUACAGGCGGUCAGCGGUUCUAUUUCAUAACACACCUCGUACAUAGAAGUCAUAGAAGACAGUUUAGCGACCCUGUUUGACCUUGUUACCUAUAUCCACAGCCUCAAGCUUCACCAGAGCGCUCUCAAAAGAAUUGAAGACAUACACAUGGCUGGGAUAAGCUAUGGAGCAAAAUCAACUCUAUUGGCAAUCAUAAAAAAAUGAAGACUUACAAGGUCAGAUAAUCUUCUUCGGCAUGGGGCUGAGGAGGAGCUUAAAGCUGAAACAAUGAUGGGUCUUACAGCAUGACAAUGAUCCUAAGUACACUGGCUUUUUAAGGACCAUUUGAAGGAGUGGAGUGGCACAGUCAGUCUCUAGACCUUGACCCUGUAGAAAAUCUAUGAAAGCAACAAGGAAUGUUUUGACUCUUGCCAUUGUUUUUGUUAGUGUCCAAGUAUUUAUUUUUCUGUCUAAUUAUUUACCUGUACUUAAUCAUAUGUAAGGCUGUACUUGGACAUUGUGACAAUACAUCCGUGCAUCUUUUACUCAUGCCUGCUAAAUGAAAGACAAAUAAGGUGCAUCAUAAUGACUUAGAGUGUUUUCUGGUCAGGAACAUUGUGUCCUCAUCAUGGAAAUACUUCUGCUCAGCUUUCCCCAUGAGUAUUUUCUUCACCUGAAUUCUAAUUUUAGACAGAAAUCAGUGUGGGUGUUUUCCUCCAUUAUGUUGCAUACACCUAAGAAUGGCUAAAUAAAGGCUCUGAUUAUUC